AUGGCUGCUGCCCCUUCCCGCCCUUUCGAUUACCUGGAGGGCCUACCUGGAACCGUCUUCCAGAAGCUCUACCAGCAACCAUCCACCGCCCUCGCGAUCUUCCGGCGCAUGCUGCCAGACCUGGCAAAAUGUUUUGUCAUGGCGCUUCUCUACCUCAAGGACCCUCUUCCCGCAAAGGAUUUGGAGCUCUGGGUCAAAUCGGAUAGCUUGAAAACGCUCGCAGACAACGUCCGCGCCUACAUCGUUACCAACCCGUUCGCCACCUCCCUUCGACAAGCCCUCACCGGGACCGAAGAGACACAAUCGUUCGGCGUAUUAUCGCAGCUCCCCGACCAUCCUCCUGUCACCAUCGCUGACCUGGACGAAUAUGCGCGACGCCAGUGGGAGGGCGUUCUGGGGUACAUGGUGGGGACAAGCGGACUCGGCAUCCAACGCGACGUCACGCUCAGCAAAGGCGUGAAGCAACUCCUCCAGGCAGGCCAUCUCGUCGAGAUUCGCGACCGCCGCGUGGAGAUCACCCAGGACGGCUUCGCCUUUGUCCUCCAAGACGUCAGCACGCAGGUCUGGCACAUCCUGAUCCUCUACGUGGAAAGUGCCGAAGCCAUCGGCAUGGACAGCGUCGAGGUCCUCUCCUUCGUCUUCCUCCUCAGCAGCCUGGAGCUCGGCAAGUCCUACGAAAAGCAGCACCUGACCUCCAACCAACUCCGCACCCUCACCGACCUGGCCGACUUCGGCAUCGUCUACCAGCACUCCCCGGAUGCCACCCACUUCUACCCCACCCGUCUCGCAACAACCCUCACCUCCGACGCCAGCUCCUUGAGCAACCCCAUCUCCGGCUCCCUCUCCGGCCCGGACGGUACGUCCUCCGCCAAGGCCGGCUCGGGCUUCAUCAUCGUCGAGACAAACUACAGAUUAUACGCCUACACCUCGUCGCCGCUGCAGAUCUCCCUCAUCGCCCUCUUCACCACCUUGAAAUACCGCUUCCCCAACCUGAUCACCGGCAAGAUCACCCGCCAGUCCGUCCGCCGCGCCAUCGAGAUGGGCAUCACAGCCGACCAGAUCAUCUCGUACCUCGCUACCCAUGCGCAUCCGCAGAUGCGAAAGCACAACGUGUCCCGCUCCACGUCGAACCAGGCGGGCAUCCCGCCGUCUGUUCUGCCGCCCACGGUUGUCGAUCAGAUCCGGCUGUGGCAGCUGGAACGGGACCGUGUCAAGGCCACCGCGGGCUUUUUGUUCAAGGAUUUUGCCAGCUUGGCGGAGUACGAAGACCCCUGUCGAUAUGCGGAGGAGAUUGGAGUUCUCGUUUGGAAGUCGAACCGAAAGCGUAUGUUCUUUGUCACUCGACAUGAGCAGGUGGCCGCUUUCUUGCGGAGUCGAAAAUGA